UCUAACAGUCACUCCCUCUUCCCUUUGGGGCUGGUGUGCUUGUGUUUAGUUCUCAGAGAUAGUCAAAUAGGAUUCCUUUGGGAAGGGACACAAAUCACUCCCAUUUUAACAAGAGGAACAACACGGGGUCUGCAGCCACAAGGGUCCUCCUCUUCUUGAUUUCCAAUUUCUUAUUCAUUUCCUUUUGACAGGGAAUACCUCUGGAAAAGGAAAACAAAGAGAGAGAAAAGGAAGAAAAAAGACUUGUCAGGGGUUGAUGCCAUUUGAUCUAGCACAAUCUGAAAGCUCUAGUUGAUCCCAUUCUCUAGUUGAUACCAGAGCUCAUAGAGCAAGUCUCUUUAAUACAGGAGGGAUAGCGCUGUCUUGCGUUUCGCUCGUUUGUCUUUUUAUCACUGUUUGAAGUGCUUUUCGUCUCUGAGACACCUGGAUUUCGAUAACUUGUCUUUGGACUCUUUUCGUCUUUUUCUCUUGGUUUGAAGUAAACAGACACACUGUCACUGGCAUCAACGCGGACCCAGCAUUAGCUCGCGCCCACGUUGUUACCCUCAUUUACCUGUGAUUAGAGAAAACGAAUUUUGGGACACUCAAACGGAGAGAGGGAGCGCGAUUUUUUCAUGUUUGGGAUUCAGGAGAGCAUCCAGAGGAGUGGGAGUAGUUUGAAAGAGGAACCCAUCGGAUCCGGGAUGAACGCAGUUCGGACAUGGAUGCAGGGAGCCGGGGUGUUGGAUGCGAACACGGCCGCUCAAAGUGGAGUGGGUCUUGCCCGGGCGCACUUUGAGAAGCAACCGCCAUCAAAUCUUCGGAAAUCCAACUUCUUUCACUUCGUUUUGGCUCUAUAUGACAGACAAGGACAACCAGUGGAAAUCGAAAGGACGUCUUUCCUCGGUUUUGUCGAGAAGGAAAAGGAAUCCACUGGAGAAAAGACCAACAAUGGUAUACACUACAGACUGCAACUUCUCUACAGCAAUGGCAUCAGGACAGAGCAGGACUUUUAUGUACGACUCAUCGACUCCAUGACUAAACAGGCCAUUAUUUAUGAAGGUCAAGACAAGAACCCUGAGAUGUGCCGAGUGUUACUGACACACGAGAUCAUGUGCAGCCGCUGCUGUGACAAGAAGAGCUGUGGCAACCGCAACGAGACCCCGUCUGACCCAGUCAUCAUCGACAGGUUCUUCCUGAAGUUUUUCCUGAAAUGUAACCAGAACUGUCUGAAGAAUGCAGGGAACCCGCGGGACAUGCGCCGCUUCCAGGUGGUGGUGUCUACGACGGUCAGUGUGGACGGCCAUGUCCUGGCGGUCUCUGACAACAUGUUUGUCCACAACAACUCCAAACACGGCCGCCGGGCCCGUAGACUGGACCCCUCGGAAGGUACGCCAUCAUACCUGGAGCAUGCUGCCCCCUGCAUCAAAGCCAUCAGCCCCAGUGAGGGCUGGACAACAGGGGGCGCAACUGUCAUCAUCAUAGGUGACAACUUCUUUGACGGCCUCCAGGUCAUCUUUGGCACCAUGCUGGUCUGGAGUGAGCUCAUCACACCCCACGCCAUCCGGGUGCAGACUCCGCCCCGCCACAUCCCAGGGGUGGUAGAGGUGACCCUGUCCUACAAGUCCAAGCAGUUCUGUAAAGGCACGCCGGGACGCUUCAUCUACACAGCCCUGAAUGAGCCCACCAUCGAUUACGGUUUCCAGCGACUGCAAAAGGUCAUCCCCCGACACCCUGGAGAUCCAGAACGCCUUCCAAAGGAGGUGAUUCUGAAGAGGGCAGCAGACCUUGUGGAGGCUCUGUAUGGGAUGCCACACAACAACCAGGAGAUGAUUCUGAAGCGGGCGGCGGACAUAGCAGAGGCUCUCUACAAUGUUCCCAGGAACCACAACCAGCUGAGCAGCCUGGGCAACAGCUCCGUCCACGCAGGCAUGAUGGGGGUCAACUCCUUCCCUGGCCAGCUGGCCGUCAACGUGUCCGAGUCCUCCCAGGGAGCCAAUCAGGGUGAGGGGGCGGGUCGAUACGGGUGUGGCGCUAUCGUCAUAGAAACCGGUUUCAGUCGGAACACGAGCAGUGUGUCUCCCCACGGCUACGUGCCCAGCUCCACCCCCCAGCAGACUAACUACAGCUCUGUGACCACCAGCAUGAACGGCUACGGCAACACUGUCAUGUCCAACCUGGGAGGAUCCCCCAGCUUCCUCAACGGCAGCGCUGCCAACUCGCCCUACGCCAUCGUUCCUCCAGCCCCAACAUGGCGUCCUCCACCAGCCUGCCCUCUAACUGUAGCAGUUCCUCUGGGAUCUUUUCCUUCUCCCCUGCCAACAUGGUGUCGGCCGUCAAGCAGAAGAGCGCCUUCGCCCCCGUGGUGCGACCCCAGACCUCACCCCCGCCCACCUGCACCAGCACCAAUGGCAACGGUCUCCAAGAUCAGUCUUUUGUGGACUCUAGCAAGUACUCCACAGCCAGCUCGCUGCAGGGCCUGGCCUUCUCCUGAAUGAUUCCUGGAAUGAUCGUUCCUCCCAUGUAAGCGGUGUGUGAGGUGAGGAGAAGGACACACACCCAGACGUGGAUCUCAGCAUGUACAUAAGGCUCCGGUUUAGGACUGGAUCGUCAGUCCUGCAUUGAAGGAAUAGAACCCGUAACUCAGGCCCUUUUUAAAAGGAAUCACAUUUGAACAAAAAAAAGAAGACAAAAAACUAAAAAAUAUGAUAAUUUGCAGCAACCUCUUUUGAAUUUGUACACCUUGUUGACACUUUUUAAGAGGGAAGGCAAGGCCACAGAUUACCCAGAAAGCCCAUCUAAAAAAAGUAUUUAUUUUGGAGAGGAUUGACUCUUCCUUUUAUUUAGUGCGUUGUUUGUGUUUUACCUUUGUGCGAAAAUACAUAUUUCCCAUUUUCUAAAUCUAAUACACACUAUUAGAUGGAUUUUUAUUUAUGAAGAAAAAAUAAAUAAAUGAAGAAAAUGUUUGUGAAGGAUUAAAAAAACAUGUUGAAAGUGAGUGGCAGAGAACCUAUGUCACAUGCCCUAACUAACCCUAAGGCACAGAAAGACACAUACAUGCUAGGUAGCACAAGCUAUCUAUGCACCAUUGCAGAAACUCUCUGCUUUUGAGUUCUUUUGGCCACUGCAAACAGCCCAUAUACAUUUCUCUCCCUCUCAUGCCAAGCAGAGACUGCCAUCGCUACGACUAGCGCUUUCACUCAUCUCCACAGAAAGCAAGUGAUUUAUCCAUGAUGACACAUAACCAGCCAUUCACCCCAUGUUGGCUGUGAGUGCACCGAUCGUGUCCAAGUUCCUAGGUGGUUGUCAGAGAUAGAGAGCAGAGCUUGAACCUGCCCUGGAUGCCAACAGUGUCUCUACUGUAUGGACUUUGGAUGGCUAACUUGCUGUGGAGCCACUCAGCCAAGUCCUAUAACUGUACAUCAGAAACCCUCUUGUUAAAGUGUUCUCUCUCUGCCAUCUACCACGAAAUCUCAAUGAAGGAAACCAUACAUUUCUAAAGGGUGUUGCCAUUUCACUUUUGCUAUAUCGUGUGAAUUUACAUUUUUUUUAUUAUGAUAGUUUUUCUGUUUGUUGUGCUCUCACCAUGAAACUGUGAUCAUGGGUCAGCCAUAAAAAAAUUUGCUUCUUAUUCCACCAUGUUACCGUACAACAGUUUAGGAUCUGAGAAACGGAAUACUGGGAGACACUUUAUAGACAGACUAAUGAGUCAACAGUGAGGUGUGUAGUGGUGUCCCAGCCGCCAUGGUGAUCAAUGGAAUAGCCAGCACUGUAAAAGUUACCUACUCCUCAGAUGCCUAGCAAAUAUCUGAAUCCAACCUUUUCAAAUUAUUUUUUUUGCUUUCUUGUGUGGUGUGUUUUUGUAUAUAGUAAUACAUUUGUUAGUCUUUGUGAUUUUUCAUUUUUGCCAAAGUCAUUGUUUAAGAUAUAUUUAUACAUUUAAAGAAGUCUUAAGGCAGCUUUACAAUAUAAUGUCACGGAUGUCAUGUUUACUACAUUACUCAAAAUUAUCUCAUCAAUUUUAGCUCGGAGAUUUUGGAUAGUAGAAAUGGAUGUAAGGUAUCCAUAUAAAUAAUGUAUCUAUCUCCUGAAUUUGUACAUUGCUUCUUCAUCAUCCUUCAUGUGUACGUUUGCAUUUUGUGACUGUACCGAUUUAUUUGGUUGUCUACCAUGUUCCAUGUUUAAAUGUAAUUUUGAUACAUUUAAUUUGUAUGUUUUUUGUUUAGUUUUUUUGUUUUAAGCCAUACUUCCAUUUCUAAUUCCAUCCACCCUAAAGCCAUUGUCUAUUUUUGUAUCAUUUGUUAGUUAAUGAAAAUGUUGUUGUUUUCUUUUUGUCUUGAUAUUGGAUUUGUUUUAUCAUAUGGUAAAAGUAGCAUAUUAUUCUUAUAGUAUUUAGUUAUAUAGAUUUUGAGAGUAUAUAAGUAUAUCAUAUGAAUAUCUUUUUUGCUUAGAUUUUUUGGCUUUCAAAAGAACUGAUACUGUUUAAAAUCAAACAAUAUGCAUGGGUUUUCUCCUCCUAGCGAUGCAUUUGUGUGUUGAAAGCAGGAAGACCAUUUUUGGCAAAGAUACGAAAAUACU